CGUUUAUUUAUACUAUAACCCUGCCCCUACAUCGAGAUGGCUACGGUGGAUAUAAAAUCAUCGGAUAAGUUAUUACUUAUGGACUCAAAACAUACUGAACCCCAGCGGUUACAUACAUCGAUCAACCUUAAGUCGUCGAAAUCUAUUCAGCGACAUUUUGGGUCAGACCGAACGAACUAUCCUCUCAAGCCAUCAAGAAACCAACAAUCCUUAUCAGAUCACGCCCAAUAUACCUCCUCUAAUUCGCAAAAGCUAUUAGCGAACGAUGAGCAACCAUCAACAAACAACCCCUAUACGCCCCCACCCAAUUCGCCAAAAUUAUCAACAAGCAAUAAGCAGUUCCUAGAAGACUACCCCCAACAUACCCUCUCUCCAAUAUUCCUUUCGUCAGCAGAUAUCGAAUCACGCUUCUCAUUACACUCCGAGAAAGGCUUCGAGAUAUUUACGUGGCUUGAAGGUACUCGACAACAACCGUUAGCAUCUAUACCUACUAGUGAUACGCCCUAUCGCCCAACCGACUUUGCCAUAAUGGUUGGCAGUACUUCAUCUAGCUUUAGAAAUCAAUCUGCGCGAUCUGAAACUUCCCUACUAAUGCAGUACCAUAAUUUUCGAUCUACUAUAUUCCCUCCCAAUCUCAUUUACUUCCGGGACGCGACAAACUCGGAGGACAGGGUGCCAGAGGACAUUAAAUCACGAUAUUUCGACCCUUUAGUGCAAACAGUACGGCAAUUAAUAAAUCUAUCGGAUAUUCCUCCGGAUAUACAGCAGAAACAAUACACAUAUCGUAACAAAAUAGCCGAAUUGGUUAGCUACCAGGAAGCAUUCAACUCCUUCAUACAGGUUAUGGAUCUUAAAAGUACUGGCUGGAUCGACGGAACCCAACGAUUGUCCUACCAAUCUCGUGAACGGUUUGAUCCUAUUGUUUUGCCACCAGCAAUGGGCAACAGUAAUGAACUUACGUUGCCUAAUCCUAGACCCGAUAUCCUAUACGGCUAUAACCCUGACUUUGUACCCGAUCUACUACCCCCAGACGAUCUCAACACAACAUACCGGAAGUUCAGAAGUACAUCUAGCUCCGAACCUCUGGUUUAUUUCCCAUAUCUCGCUAUACAUGCCGGAAAUAACCUAACUGGAGUUGAAAAUGACUGCAUUAUUAGCGGCCGUAUAAUGUUAGAUAUGACUUGGCCGAUAUUUGAACGCAGCGAUGCAGUAUUUCUCCUCGCUGUAACGCCAACUCAGGCGAAUCUUCAUAUCAUGUGGAGAGAGUCGAUAUCAGAUCCUCCGAUUCAAGAUUCGUCGGAACACGCAAUAGACAUUGACAUAGUUAUUCGUCGUCAGUAUAAGGUAGACUUCGUUGAAUCUUUUGCUAUAGCUUCCUUGUAUGCGUUUUUAUCUCUCCGAUCAACACUUCAUCAGAUCCACAUUUUGGCCCACGAAAGGCUGGAACAAAUUCGACCUAGAAUUCAGCAAUGGAAAGCCGCCGGUGGACACAUGCACGAAUUUACACCAGUUGGACGUUACCACACUGCUUCAGUACCAGAAGAAGCAACUGAAAGCUGA